CUGUACUUGCGCAGUGGCGUUUCUUCAGAGCUAAGAUCCAGAGGCAGCGGUACUGUGUUCAGCGAGAGGUUAGGUUUUGACAUGAGAUAGUAGCAUAUGCUAAUAAUACGUUAAAUUAUAAAUAAAUAAUCGUGGCAUAAAUACGAUUAAGAUCUAAUAUGGAUCCGGCUUUACUCAGAGAGCGAGAGCUCUUCAAGAAACGUGCUCUGGCCACACCAGUAAUUGAUAAAAAGAAACAGGAUAAGGAAACUGUGAAAGAUGAAUCGUCAAAGAAGAACGAACCACCAAAGAAGAAACCUAAACCAUCGUUGGUAUCUACAGGCCCGAAAUUGGAUAUGGUUAAUUAUAAAACCAUGACAGGUAGUACGCAAUAUAAAUUUGGUGUAUUAGCAAAGAUAGUAAAACACAUGAAGACAAGACAUCAAGAUGGAGAUGAUCAUCCGUUAACAUUAGAAGAGAUUCUGGAUGAAACAAAUCAAUUAGAUGUUGGAUCGAAGGUCAAGCAAUGGCUACAGACUGAAGCUUUAGUACAAAAUCCUAAGAUUGAAGCAACCGAUGGCAGAUUUGUCUUUAAACCUAUGUAUAAAAUUAAAGACAAGAAAUCCUUACUGAGACUUUUAAAACAACAUGAUUUGAAAGGUCUCGGUGGUAUAUUAUUGGAAGAUAUACAAGAAAGUUUACCACAUUGUGAUAAACAUUUAAAGAAUUUACAAAACGAAAUAUUGUAUAUUACACGACCACUCGAUAAGAAAAAAAUUGUCUUUUAUAAUGACAAGACAGCACAAUUCCCCAUUGAUGAGGAAUUCCAAAAAUUAUGGAGAGCUGUUGCAGUGGAUGCUAUGGAUGAUCAAAAAAUAGAUGAAUAUCUUGAAAAACAAGGAAUUAGAUCGAUGCAGGAUCAUGGACUUAAAAAGCCAGCGCCAAUCAAACGAAAGAAACCUGUUAAUAGAAGAAAACAGUUUAAGAAACCAAGAGAUAAUGAACAUUUAGCAGAUGUUUUGGAAACAUACGAUGAUUAAGUAAAAGUUUCAUUGUUCUGUCAGAUACAAUAAACUUUUACAUAGAUAUGAGAUAAUAUCAUGUAAAUAAAAUUAUAUUCCAUUUAUUUUGUAAAUUAUUAUUUUAAGUAAAAAUUAUUGUAAGCUCA